AUGGCCGCCCUUCUCUCCUCCCACCUGGAGCAAAUCUCCUUGUGCGCCACCUCGAUAGCCGACCUCUCCUUCCAAAGCCCGAAGAUGUUCACCAACGCCUUAAUCAAUAAUCAGGACAUCACGACGCUGAUCAGAGACACGGAGCAGCACGAACGCGCCCUUUUCCACCUUGCUCCACCUCCACUCCCAAAGUUUGGCUCCUCCAACUUUGCUGAAUCGGUUGCGGGUACCUCACUACUAGCUACAUCUGGCACAACAAGACGACAGACCGCUUACGCGCCCAGACAGCCCAAAAACAAGGCCGUUGCGGCUGUCUUGGGCGGCGACCUGUACCAACGGACGAGGACUGGCGAGACCGGGAGGCAGAAGGGAGAGCUGGAUGUGGAGGUGCUGUUGAAGGGUGCCGAGAAGCUUGCUGCAGUCUACCCUAUUCCCGGCGCAAACGACCGCAUCGCUGGACUCCGCCGGCGGCAUCAACAGCUUGCAGCCAACAUCAACCAUUACGAGAGUUUGGUAGCUGAGCAGUCGACUCAAUUGCAGGCUAUGAAUCGGCCGACCAGCCGUGGCGGAUACAGCGAGCCCGAGGAUGUUGAAGCAGGUGCCGCCGGCCUUGACGACGUGGCUAUUCCCAUGACGAAGGAGGACCUGGAGCGGGAGGAGCAAGAAGUACGUGACCUAGAGCGGAAGAAGAGGGCCCUUGAAGAGAGGGUCGAAGGGAUGGAACGGGAUCUUGGUGGGCUGAUGCGGUAG